CGGGUUUCUUUUCUGGCGCCCCCCGCAGGCCAGUAGGAAACUCAGCAACGCUUCUGCAGCUGGAGGUAUCCCAGGAGUCGUAUCGGCUUACGGGGGUAGUUCCUCAGCUCAAAUUAGUUGACGUCUGCCCCCCCCAGGAGGGGAGGGGAGCGUCUAUCCACCAAGAACUGCAUGCAUUACAUGAUAUGAUGUUGCUUCCAUCUCCUUUUAGUACCUCCACCUGCAGCAAGACCUCUGUAGACUAUGGCACCUGCAGCGAGACGCCUGCACCUCUGCACUGCAUUGCAGCCGCUUUCAGGUGCAAAGCUGGACCGCGGUGGGGUUCGGGUUUAAGCUAGCCCCGAGUCAAAGCCCUCCAAGUGAGAGAAAGACCUGUGGCCAGCUCUCCUCUCCACUCCCUUCUCUCUCCUUGCAGGAUUGUUUCCCCUGCAAUAAUUCAACGUCUCCAAGUCUGUGUGGAAACCUGUAUGGUAGUGACAGCUCAUGCAUCACCUUCGUAUUUCCGGACCAUCCUGGCCGUUUCAUAGCAUGUCGCAUAGCCCUAGUGACUGUUAUAAAGACCUCAUCCUCUCUUGGGAGAAAGGAGGGAACACUGGAAGUUACUGAGUAAUUUGAAGACUACUGUGGAGGGUUUGGUGUCAGCCAACAAUCCCAACGUCUGGUCCAAAUAUGGAGGCCUGGAGCGACUUUGCCGAGACAUGAAGGGCAUCCUUUAUCAUGGGCUCAUCCAUGACCAGGUCUGCUGCCAACAGAACGAUUACUGGCAGUUUGUGAAGGACAUUCGGUGGCUCAGCCCUCACUCGGCCCUUCACGUAGAGAAGUUCAUCAGCUUGUAUGAGAAUGGCCAGCGGAGCCCGGACGGCGUGAGGGACCAGGCCAUCGCAGAGCUGUGGCUGCAGCACAGUUUGCAGUUCCACUGCCUGUCUGCUCAGCUGCGGCCCUUGCUGGGAGACAGAGAGUACAUCAGGAAAUUCUACACAGAUGCUGCAUUCCUGCUGAGCAGCGCUCACGUCACAGCCAUGCUGCAGUGCCUGGAGGCAGUGGAGCAGAACAACCCUCGGCUCCUGGCUCAGAUAGAUGCUUCCAUGUUUGCCAGGAAGCAUGAGACCCCGCUGCUAAUGACCAAAAGCCAGAGUCUGACGGCACUGCCUGGCUCCUCCAACACCCCUCCUUCCAAGUAUACCCAGCAUUGUUACUUUGGCUCCUUCUCUGGCCCUUACCAAUCUACCCCCAUACCCAUCACAGACAAAAGACCCACUUCCUUCUCCCUCUCUGGCCCUCCACGGAAACCUCAAGAAAGCAAAGAGCCUAUUGCACUGAGAGGGGACCAGUCCUUCCAGGGCUCCUUACCUUCUGUAGUCUCAGCAUUGGCCAGGGAUUCACCACCCUCCCCAAACGACAUGAGCUCUAGUGCCCUGACCAGCCCCAGUGAAGAGCCGUGGACCAGCAGCCAGGACGACCCCCAAAGUGAUGCCAAUGAUGGGCCUGAGUAUUUAGCCAUUGGCAACUUGAGUAGUCGAACCCGAGCUUCCAGCUGUCAGAGUAACGGCAGCAGCAACACCAAGAGUAGCAGUUCUAACUUAUUCUCUUCCAGCAGCUCCCAGAAAGCCAAUUCUCCUGCUUCCUCUGUAGGGGAGCAAGAGGAAGUUGGUCAGAGCCAAGUGCCUGGGGUCCUUCGUAGGUCCAGUUUUUCGGAGGGCCAGACAUUGGCCGUUUCUGGUGGAGCCAAGAAGAGUCACACCCGUUCACAUUCUGAUACCAACAUAGCUUCUAGGAAAGUCCAAGAAGGCCUCAGGAAUAUCACCAUUAUAGUUGAAGAUCCUGUUGCAGAAUCCAGAAAUGAUAGCUCAAAGUUGAAAGCUCCUGUGUCCUCAUCUGGCCAACACAGUGAAGUCAGCAUUCCCAGCUCUCUGGACGUGGAGUAUGAUGGUAAUCAGUACCUAUGUUCAGGGGAAGGCAUGUUCCGAAGGCCUUCAGAAGGACAGUCCCUCAUCAGUUACUUGUCUGAACAGGAUUUUGGUAGCUGUGCGGACCUGGAGAAGGAGAAUGCCCACUUUAGCAUCUCAGAGUCCCUGAUUGCCGCCAUUGAACUAAUGAAGUGUAAUAUGAUGAACCAGCACCCGGAUGAGGAAGAAGAUGAUAGUGAUAAGGAGAUCCAGGAGCUGAAACAGAAAAUCCGUCUUCGGCGGCAGCAGAUCCGCACCAAAAACCUCCUCCCUGCCUACCCGGAGACAGAGCAUGGAAGCUUUCUGGUCACUUCCAGUGGUUCCCAAUUCAGCUCACGUGAUUCAGCACGACUUUCUGACUCUGGCUCCACUGAUGAAGUUGAUGAAUUUGAGAUCCAAGAUGGUAAUGAUGGGUCUAACCUGAUUCACUCGUCAAAGAACGGACUGUCAGUGUCCAUGGCUUCAUUGUUUUCAGAUGCUGACAUCAGGAGGAGCGCAAGCUCCAGCAACAGAUCCCAUCUGUCUUCAGAGUCCUUCUCCCACUAUUUUCUGCAUUCCACGUCAGCCGAGGCUGUGGCCAUGGGCCUUCUGAAGCAAUUUGAAGGGAUGCAGCUCCCAGCCGCCUCAGAGCUAGAGUGGUUGGUUCCUGAGCACGAUGCCCCACAGAAGCUCCUGCCCAUCCCUGAUUCAUUGCCCAUCUCGCCAGAUGAUGGGCAGCAUGCUGACAUCUACAAGCUACGCAUCCGAGUUCGAGGGAACCUGGAGUGGGCCCCACCCCGUCCCCAGAUCAUCUUUAACAUCCAUCCUGCCCCCACGAGAAAAGUUGCUGUGGCCAAGCAGAAUUACCGCUGUGCGGGGUGUGGUACCAGAACAGACCCUGACUAUAUCAAGCGACUUCGUUACUGUGAAUAUCUGGGCAAGUACUUCUGCCAGUGCUGUCAUGGGAAUGCCCAGGCGGUCAUCCCUAGUCGCAUCCUGCGCAAAUGGGACUUCAGCAAGUACUAUGUCAGCAACUUCUCCAAAGACCUGCUUACCAAGAUCUGGAACGAUCCACUCUUCAAUGUGCAGGACAUCAACAGUGCCCUCUAUAGGAAGGUCAAGCUGCUUAAUCAAGUCCGGCUGUUGCGGAUCCAGCUGUACCACAUGAAGAACAUGUUCAAGACUUGCCGGUUGGCGAAAGACCUUCUGGAUGCCUUUGACAUGGUGCCGGGCCACUUGACAGAAGAUCUCCACCUGUACUCCCUCAAUGACUUGAGCACCACCAAGAAGGGGGAGCUGGCCCCUCAGCUUUCAGAGCUCACCAGGGCAGGCACUGCACAUGUACAGCACUGCAUGCUCUGCCAAGCUAAGGGCUUUAUCUGUGAGUUCUGUCAGGAUGAGGAUGAUAUCAUUUUUCCAUUUGAACUUCAUAAGUGCCGGACCUGUGAAGAGUGUAAAGCUUGUUACCACAAAGCCUGCUUCAAGUCUGGAAGCUGCCCGAAGUGCACACGGCUGCAGGCCCGCAGAGAAUUGCUGGCCAAGCAGAGCCUGGAGUCCUGUGUGUCCGAUUAUGAGGAGGAGGAGACAGCCGAGGCCGUGGCUCUGGAGGCCACCUGAAGAAUGGCGCGUGUCACGACACUCAAAACUGAGCCAUCCUGUGUACUCCCCCCUCCCCAACCCACCCUGAGGGGUUUUUUAUUUUAUUUUUUAUAACUCAUAUGAGCCCCUCAUCUAGGCACCUUACCUGGUAUGUGCCAGGUUACUGGGCUCCCUGCUUUCCAGUCUGCUAUGGAAGAGGAUUUGUUGGGAACCAGAAAUUUCCACCAGGAGUGGCAGUGGUCAAGGACUUCUGGACCUCACUUCCUUUGCCACCUUCUGGUCCUUCAGUGUGCCCUUCCUGGUUACUGCCUCAUAUCCUCAGUACACAUCCCACUCUUUUCCUGUUGGUACCAGAGCUUUUGAACCAAGGUUUUCCCAAGUCCUUAGCAGAACCUACUUGCUUCUCCUUUCCUACUAAAACAGUAAAUUUUUUUUUCCUUUCUUCCUCUCUCUCCCCCCAACCCUGGAAUUGGUUAGACUAAACCCUGAGGAGGAGCAGUGUAAAGCAGAAAUAGCAUCCUGGGUGUGCUGCACCUACUGUCACUUCCCAAGCAAACGAAAUGUCCACAGAGCCUAUUCUGGUGGGGUUGGCACAAGGGACAGGCGCAGAAUAGCCCUCUGAUAACAGCUCCUGUGGCUGUCCAAGCAAAGCAGGUGUGACUGAGGCAGCAGCUCAUUGCCUGCUUUAAAGGGGAUUCUCCACGUAGGUGGAUUGAGGUGUGUCUCUCCUGUUCUGUCAGCUCUUGUUGCAUGUUAAAAUUCCAGCCCUUAGCCAUUUCAGCAUUGUGGUGAGGGGAGGAUCUUUGGCAGUCAGGCAAGUUCCCUGAUAUCACCAUAAACUGAGUGCAGAAAUCCUGCUGCCUUGCUUACGGGUUGUCCCGCUGCUGGGGCCUCUGGUCAAUGGUGACUGUAGGGAAAGCCCAGCUCUCCUUCCUCUUCGUGUCCAGUAGUGAACCCAAUGCCAUCCUCGGUGCCCGGUCUUUGUUGUCAUCCCUUUUGUGGUAGGUACUCCCCCCUAGGGGAGGCAGAGCCAAGCUGUCGCUGUAAGUGGCUGGGUCCCUGUGGGCAAGUGACUUAUGUUCCUCCUUUUGCUAGACACAAGUCAACUGUUGCCAAUUAUGCACUUAAAAACCCUUAAUCUAGCCUAGUGACACUUAGGUAUCCAAUUGUCCUUUUCGUUUUAAAUUAUUUUUUCAUUUUAUGUACUUUGGGGAAAAGUUUUCAGUUUGGAAAUGUAUGCAUUUGUGGAAGGUUUUUUGGUCACUUUCCUAUUGGUGUCUGUGUCCUUGUCUACCACAAGUAAAACCAAUAGCCCCAGACUUUGAGGAUUGCUGCUUUCUGGACUGCCAUUGGGCACUUUUGUCUUCAUGUUCCUGUCUUCCUGCUGUUGCGUGUGUCUAAUGUGGGCAGUCUGGCCCGUGGGCUGUCUCAGGGAGGGGAACUGAAAGUUGUGUGUGUUCAGUGGAGGCCGAUAGAGUGAAUGAGUUGAGAGCACCAUAGAAGUGAGUCUCAGUGGAAGAAAAGGUGUGAUCAGAGCAUGGCCAUAGUGGUAGGUAAGUAGUACAACUCCUGUGGGAGAUCCUCAGUGUGGCUCAGUGUGACUGUGACCUGAGUGCUGGCCUGUGGUCAUUGCCGCUUGAGCCUCCACAAAGCCUAAUUGUCCCGUCCCGCCCACAGUCUCUCCACCUUUAGGCUUGGAAGCCCAUUUGCCACGUCCCAGAACCUGGAGAAGGGGCCUUGAAAAGCAGUGGUGAUGGGCCCGCAGGCCUACUGGGGUGGUGAUCCCUGCCUUCAGGUUUGACAUAGGCCACCAGGCCAACCUUCCUUCAUCUAGUCCCUCGAGGAGGGAGAAAUGUGCUGCCUAGUGCCCUGCCCGUUUGCCAUUAGCAGCUCAGCCCAGUUGGGGAAUCUUGCAGUUUUCUGGUUCUUUCAUUUCCUUCACUUCAUUCCAAGUUGUUAAUCUGGUUCAGUAACUGUCAAAUUCCCAUCACCGUCCAAAGGGCCCCUGGUUUUGAGUUUUGUUUUUUGGGGGAUGGAGGGAUGAGGAGAAGAACAUUGUAUAUGUGUGUGUGAGGGGGGAAUGGAAUAUGAGAAUGUUUUAAAAGCACUUUUCCAGCUUUUCAGUAUCUGAAAAUCCAGUGUUCUGUGUGAGGAGGGAUUUCUCUGUGCACUGAUUUAAUUUGGGGGUGGGGUAAAGGAGCCACUGAACAAAAUCUCUUCUUCUGUAUGGAGUGGGUAGUAUUUAUUUUCUGUAAGUGAAGGAAAAGGCAGCUGCUUACAAAAGUGGGGACAAGAUUCAAGACAUGGCAGAGGGGUGGAAAGUAAAUAUUCCACACCAAUGAGGCUGUUCUUGACUUUCUUCACCAAGAUAUUAGAGUCUAUUGUAAUAAAUAAUGUGAUUAAUGUCAUGAGUAUAAAUAGAGAAGGUCCGUCUGUGUGUCAUAAAGUACAUUGUAUUCUGAGCUGGAUUUUUGCGUGCUGUAUUGUACUUCUUACACAGUCUAACAGUCCAAUGUCACCUUUAAUAAACUAUGGAAAUGAAA